AUGGUGUCAGUUAGUCAAGGAGGGAUGGUGUCAGGUAGUCAAGGAGUAAUGGUGUCAGGUAGCCAAGGAGUCAUGGUGUCAGGUAGUCAAGGAGUCAUGGUGUCAGUCAGUCAAGGAGGCGUGGUGUCAGUCAGUCAAGGAGUCAUGGUGUCAGGUAGUCAAGGAGUCAUGGUGUCAGGUAGUCAAGGAGUCAUGGUGUCAGUCAGUCUGGUAGUCAUGGUGCCAGUUAGUCAAGGAGGCAUGAUGUCAGGUAGUCAAGGAGUCAUGGUGUCAGACAGUCAAAGAGGCAUGGUGUCAGGUAGUCAAGGAGUCAUGGCGUCAGGUAGUCAAGGAGUGAUGGUGUCAGGUACUCAAGGAGGCAUGGUGUCAAGUAAUCAGUGCGUCAUGGUGUCAGGUAGUCAGGGCGUCGUGGUGUCAGGUAGUCAGGGCGCCAUGGUGUCAGGUAGUCAGGGCGUCAUGGUGUCAGGUAGUCAGGGCGCCAUGGUGUCAGAUAGUCAGGGCGUCAUUGUAUCAGGUAAUCAGGGCUCCAUGGUGUCAGAUAGUCAGUGCACCAUGGUGUCAGGGAGUCAAGGAGGCAUGGUGUCAGGGAGUCAAGGAGGCAUGGUGUCAAUCAGUCAAGGAGUCACGGUGUCAGUCAGUCAAGGAGGCAUGUUGUCAGGUAGUCAAGGAGUCAUGGUGUCAAUCAGUCAAGGAGGCAUCAUGUCAGUCAGUCAAGGAGUCAUGGUGUCAGGUAGUCAAGGAGGCAUGGUGUCAGGUAGUCAAGGAGUCAUGGUGUCAGGUAGUCAAGGAGUCAUGGUGUCAGGUAGUCAAGGAGGCAUGGUGACAGGUAGUCAAGGAGACAUGGUGUCAGGUAGUCAAGGAGGCAUGGUGUCAGGAAGUUAA